AAACACACAGGUUCAAAGAACACAAAUCGUGGAGCACAUAGGUUAGUUUAGUGUUUGUAAGCUCCAGGUCAAGAUAAGAGUAGUUCGCAGGUUAUUUGUAUACUUAACAUCGCUCUACUGGUUUCCAAUUAAGGCUUUUUUUCCAAUUUUGCGCAUUUUUUACUUGGAACCCAGACAUCGGACAACUUCUAUCGGAUACCUGCUCCAGUCCUGUCUGCUGUUUUGGCAGACCAUGAGGAAAAUGGCUAAUUUUUUAUCAACGUGCAUGCUUAUUUUGAUAUCGUCCCACCUGGUCGACUCGUCCGGCGUAUUCGAGCUGAAAGUGCACUCGUUUACCAGCCCGAGCGGAGUGUGUAAGGACUCGCCGAACUGCCUCAUCUUCUUCCGUGUGUGUCUGAAACACUCUCAGGAGGUGAUGUCGGCUGAUCCUCGGUGUGCUUACGGCUCCGGACGGACGGCCAACCUGAGCGCAGACCCGAGCUCCAUCGCCAGCAGCGCCCCUAUCAAAAUAAACUUCACUUUCAAAUGGCCGUCAAAGUUUUCAGUGAUCAUUGAAGCUUGGCACGCAGAUGCCUCAUCCGAGCAGUCCACAGAAAACCAAAGCAACAGGAUCAGCCUCUUGGCCACUAAAAGGAGUCUUACAGCUGGGGAGAACUCUCUGCAGGACGAGAGACUGGGGGAGAAGAGUGAACUGCGCUACUCUUACCACGUCAUGUGUGAUGAGUUUUACUACGGAGAGAGCUGCUCGGACUACUGCCGCCCGCGCAACGACACAUUCGGUCACUACACCUGCGACUCCGCCGGACAGAGGAUAUGUUUAUCUGGUUGGAAAGGCGAAUACUGCACUGAGCCCAUCUGCUCGCCUGGCUGCAGUGAGAAGAACGGUGAUUGUAAGACCCCUGGUGAGUGCAAGUGUCGCCUCGGGUGGCAGGGCCCCCUCUGCGAUGAGUGCCAGCGGCACCCCGGGUGCGUGCAUGGAACCUGUGACCAGCCAUUUCAGUGCAACUGCAAGGAAGGCUGGGGUGGCCUGUUUUGUGACCAAGACCUUAACUUCUGCACCAAUCAUAAACCUUGCAAGAAUGAUGCCACAUGCACAAACACUGGCCAGGGGAGCUACACCUGCACCUGCAAGCCUGGCUUCACUGGCACCAACUGUGAGAUUGAGACGAAUGAGUGCAACAGCAAUCCAUGCAAGAACGGCGGCAGCUGUAACGAUUUGGUGAACGACUACUCGUGCACUUGCCCCCAGGGCUUCUAUGGAAAGAAUUGUGAGGUCAGCGCUAUGACCUGUGCUGAUACACCAUGUUUCAACAGUGGAACCUGUGUGGAGACAGCAACUGGAAGUUACUCCUGCCGCUGUCUUCCUGGUUACAUAGGCUCCAACUGCGAGAAGAAAAUUGACCGCUGCAGCAGUGACCCCUGUGCCAACGGAGGCCACUGUCUAGACCUGGGUCACAGAGUCGUGUGCCAAUGCCGCCCUGGCUUCAAAGGACUGCGCUGUGAGAUCAACAUCGACGAGUGCGCCCGCAACCCAUGUCGCAAUGCGGGCACCUGUGUGGAUGGCAUUAAUGACUACACAUGCAAGUGCACACUGGGCUUCACAGGCAAGGAUUGCAAUGUGCGCACUGACACAUGCAGCCUCCUGCACUGCAAGAAUGGCGGCAAAUGCUACACUCACUUCACCGGGCCUGUGUGCAAUUGUCCACCAGGAUUCAUGGGAUCACGCUGCGAGUACACCCAACCAACCACAAAUACUCCUGCUCCACCUAGUUUCCCUGUAGCCCUGGCCGUCUCCUUUACACUGGUCCUCAUCACGCUGAUGCUAGUGCUGUGUGCUGCCAUCAUCCUCCUUAAGCAAAUGAGACGUGGCAACGAAUCUGUGUUUUCCGCAGUGCGCAACGACCUGGACACCAUCAACAAUCGCAACUCAGUGAUCUCCAACACUCAGUGCAGCUACAAAGAGAAAGAAGCUUUCCUCAUCCCUGGUGGGCCGUUCAAGGUGUCCAAUAAGGAUGCAGCGUUUAGCUCUGGCAUCAUGGAUACCCUUUGUAACGAUAAGGCUAACAACAAGCAAAAGAUGUUGGAAUACAAUCUUGCCAAAGAUGAGAAAAAUACAAAAGAUAAGCUAGACCUGAAAAACUCAGAGUCUUCUAUAUUAGUCCCCCCUUUGAGCUUCUCUAAAGGUGACUUGUAUCAUCCUGUAUACAUCAUUCCUGAACCACAUGUAUUUGCUACUGAGGUUUAACAGUAUUGUCUAAUCUGGAGCACCUCAAUCAUCACCAGGCCUCGCCUGAACAUGUUUACAUGGUUUUAAAGAACAAUUGAAGAGACUAUAUAUAUAUAUUACAUUGAUAUAUUUAAUAUUUAUUGAUGCUGCUCAAAUGAGAGGACUACUUUUUCCUGUGGACAAUGUUGUGCAGGCAAGGAAUGAGCUUUAAGAGGGGCGAAAUUGCAUAAUUUGCUCAUAAAUUGCAUAUAUAUGUAUAUAUAUAUAUAUAUAUAUAUAUAUAUAUAUAUAUAUAUAUAUAUAUAUAUAUAUUUAUAUAUAUAUAUAUAUAUAUAUAUGAGCCUUUUAAAUGAAAAAUGAACUAAAUGAACUCUAUGGAACAAUGGAAAUGAAUCAAAGGAUCCUUAAUCCCAAAAAAGGCAGGACCUUUUCUCUCCAGAUGCCUUACAAUGGAAAACAAAAUGGUGCAUCUCAAUCAAGAAGAGACACUUUAUACCAAAUGAGGCCUUGCAUCCAGUCAAUCAAAGCUAAAGAGGCAAUGUAAAUGUAGCGGAACGAUUCGAGAGGCUGACCAUGGAAUACAGAAUGAGGAUGACAAACUGAACAAAUCAAACUGAACAAAGCACCGGUGCUGCAGGGAAGGGAACACUGAACACUGCUCAUGGGAAAUGAUUGAAAAUAUUGUGUAAUCAGGUUCUGUUACACAACACCUGAUGUUUGUAAUGGUCUUGACUAUCAGUGAAAGCAAAGUCAAUCCAAACAAGUGCCUAGUCUUAAAUGCCAUGCCUGAACGAAGAGGUAUUCAGGUACUUAUUAGACACACUGAAUCGUAUUUGUAACUUUAGAACUUGUAAAAGAUAAACUAGAAAUAUAUUUGCGGUAUGCAGAAUAGUAAUUUUCCCUUAACACACUCAGAGAUGUUUGUCUAGCAGGGUUUGGUGGAUUAUAUUGUUCUACCACAUAGUUUCAUCCUGCCGCAGCCCACAAUCAGUAAGCUAUUUCCUACAUCCCGUGACUUCUUUCAGGCAAAUAGAUUCAUACUUGUUAAGAUUUCCUGGUUUGUUGAAGUUCUGCAUCGGAGUCUUUAAAAAAAAAAAAAAAAGAAAAAAAGAAAAAAGAAAAAAAAAAGACCACUAAAGAGUUUUUUUUAAA